UCAAUAUCCCCCAAGAUGGCCGCCGAUGUGGGAUCGAUGUUUCAAUAUUGGAAGAAAUUUGAUCUACGGCGGCUUCAGAAAGAGCUCAAUUCGGUGGCCUCGGAGUUGGGAGCAAGGCAAGAAGAAAGCGAGCACUCUCACAAGCAUCUGAUUGAACUCAGCCGGGAAUUCAAGAGAAAUGUGCCAGAGGAAAUUCGGGAGAUGGUGGCACCCAUUCUUAAGAGCUUCCAGUCCCAGGUGGUAGCACUUAGUAAACGAAGCAAAGAGGCUGAAGCCGCCUUUCUGGGCGUUUACAAGCAGUUCAUUGAAGCACCAGACCCAUCUCGGGUGCUAGAAGCCGCCCACAGUCUGGAGGAGAGGCUGCAGCAGCUGCAGAGCAGUGACCCCGAGAGCCGCACCCUCAAAGAGAUCAGCCGGCACUGGAGGAGACACCUGGAGAACCACAGCAGCCAGGAGGAGACGGAGGAAGCGCUGGUGGCUGAGCCCUCGAAGCCCCCACCCAACAGAAAGGCACUUAGAGCAGGAGAGACCCUGUUGCUGAACAAUGAGAGCAAGAAAGAAAAAGGGAUCGAAGAAGCACAGAUCAGCUUGGCAGCCAGGCUGGGAGAAGCAGAAGAGAAAAUCAAGGUCCUCCACUCAGCCCUGACAACAACCCAAACAGAGCUCCUGGACCUGAGGUGUAAAUAUGAGAAAGAAGCAGCUUCAAAAGCUGAAGAAGUGGGAUUGAUCAUGACGAAUCUGGAGAACGCCAAUCAGAGAACAGAGACGGCACAGAGGGAAGUAGAGAGUUUACGAGAACAGCUUGCGACUGCAAAUAGCGCCGUCCACCUGGGCUGUCACACUGCGGAGGAGGCCAGGGGGCAGGAUAAACGGGAGUCUCGGCGCUCAGAGUCCAGUUUGGAAGCCACGCUGGCAGCUAAAGACAGAGAGAUCAUCCAGUUACUGAAGGACAUCCAGCGUCUACAAAUCUCACUGCAGGAACUCCAGGAGAGCUCGGCCAAUCAGAUUGCAGGGAUGGAACGGCAGCUUGCAUUCAAGACUGCAGCUAUAGAAAGACUAGAAGCAAAGUUACAAACACAGGUGGAUUAUGAUGAAAUCAAAACAGAGCUCAGCAUACUCAAAGCAAUGAAAUUCACUUCAGCAAACAGCAGCUCGUCACAAGACACAUCAAAAGCUGCAGAGGGUCUGCAGCUUGACAAAGAGGCCUUUCUUCCAUCUCAGAAGUACCUGCUUGAGAAAACCAGUCUCUUACACAGCAAUGAGGAAGACCAUUCUGAAAAGGAGUCCUUGAAGGAUUCUCUGGGCACCUCACUGCCCUGCCCGCACCCCCUGAGACCCCCGCAGCCCCUGCUAGACGGCCCUCCCUCCCCCGGCUCCGGCCCGCCUUUGCUGACCCCCGAUAUCCCUCGCCCCUUCUCCGUCUCCCCCUUCCCUGGAGACAAGCUCCCUGUGGACCCUCUCCUCCAGAAGCAGCUGCUGCCCCCGCUCUACAAAAAAGACAGCGUUAGCCUCAUGGCCUUCCCCACCGCUCUGUAUGCGGCUAAGGCAGCCCUCGUGUCAGGCAACCAGUGCCAGGCGAUAGCCAGCGGCGAGGCGGGGCCUCCCAGCGACCAAUCGGAGAGCGGGAGCUCCAGCACUGGGGAUGAAGAGCACCUGGAGACAGCGGAGAUAGCCUAUCAGGUGAAGGAGCAGCUGCUGAAGCACAACAUCGGGCAGCGUGUGUUCGGACACUAUGUGCUGGGUCUGUCGCAGGGCUCUGUCAGUGAGAUCCUCGCCCGGCCCAAACCCUGGAGGAAGCUCACCGUCAAGGGGAAGGAGCCCUUCAUCAAGAUGAAGCAGUUCCUGUCCGACGAGCAGAACAUCUUGGCGCUGAGGACCAUCCAGGUCCGGCAGAGAGGAAGUAUAACUCCAAGGAUCAGGACCCCGGAAACGGGAUCGGACGAUGCCAUUAAGAACAUCCUGGAGCAAGCCAAGAAGGAAAUCCAGUCACAGAAAGGGAGCGAUGGCAAGCCCAGCUCCGUAGCCACCUCUGCAAGCAGCAGCAAUGGUAGCAACAACAGCAGCAGCAGCAGCAGCUCGGACGACACCAUCAAGAGCAUCCUGGAGCAGGCACGGCGGGAGAUGCAGGCGCAGCACCAUGCCCUGCUGGAGAUUGAGUCCUGCGGCCGGGGAGCAGCGCCAGUGCCGGGGGGGGAGGGGGAGCCGGGCAAGGUGCUCCCAUUGCCCGCUUACGUCAAACAAGAGGAGGGGGGUGAGCUGGCUGCCUCUGUCUGUGGUGGCACCAUCUCAGGCAGCAGCCAGACCCCCCUCAGCGUGCUGUCCCCAGCUGCGUUCGUCCAGAAUAUCAUCCGCAAGGUGAAGUCGGAGAUUGGGGAUGCAGGAACUUACUUCGACCAGCACUGGGCAGCCGAGAGGGGCCCUGUUAGCAGCUCAUCGCAUCCCUUCACUUCUGUCUCCCCUUCCCUCUCGUCCUCCUCCUCUUCUGGCUACUCGGCCAUGCCCAGACCCUGGCCCCGCGCCGAGAAUGGAGAGAGCCUGCCCAACAGCGAGGAGGCCUCAGCAGCCGAGGAGGACCAGGGCAAGCUGGUGGAGGUGAAGUCCGAGGUGGAGGCUUCCGGCAGCGGGGAGUCGGAGAGCCUGGGCCGACUGUCCUACUACCCAUCCUAUGUGCCUCGCACACUCAAGCCCACGGUGCCCCCACUCACCCCUGAGCAGUACGAGCUUUACAUGUACCGCGAGGUGGAUACCCUGGAGCUCACGCGGCAGGUCAAAGAGAAGCUGGCGAAGAACGGCAUCUGCCAGAGGAUCUUCGGCGAGAAGGUGCUGGGACUGUCCCAGGGCAGUGUGAGUGACAUGCUCUCCCGACCCAAACCCUGGAGCAAACUGACCCAGAAAGGCCGUGAGCCCUUCAUCCGCAUGCAGCUCUGGCUGGUGGAUCAGCUGGGCCAGGGACUCGUCCAGUCUGUGAACUACACCCUGGAUAAAAGCCCACUGCAGGCCCGAUCGUCUCCAUCACCUCCUCCCAGCCCUGUGGAGGACCAACCCAGCCCCCAGGGGGAGCUGAUGAGCCUGGCGCUGGAGAGCAGCAAGGAGAACCAGCAGCCAGAGACCCAGGCCUCCUCACCCACUCUGCCCAGCAACCUCCCCCACCAGCACCACACCCCACUGGGCAUCCAGGAGCUGGUGGUCAUGUCCCCAGAGCUUGACACCUACUCCAUCACCAAGAGGGUCAAAGAAGUGCUGACAGACAACAACCUGGGGCAGCGGCUCUUUGGAGAGAGCAUUCUGGGUCUGACCCAGGGAUCAGUCUCUGACCUGCUGUCCAGACCCAAGCCCUGGCACAAGCUGAGCCUCAAGGGGCGCGAGCCCUUCGUCCGCAUGCAGCUCUGGCUCAACGACCCGCACAACGUGGAGAAACUACGCGACAUGAAGAAGAUGGAGAAGAAAGCCUACCUGAAGCGACGAUACGGCCUGCUCAGCACAGGCUCCGACAGCGACUCUCCCAGCGCUCGCUCGGACUGUGUGAGCCCCUGCCUGGCACCAAGCAACUUCGGACAAUACAGCCAGUCCAAGAAAGCGCGGGUGGUGCUGGCGGCCGAGGAGAAGGAGGCCCUGAAGAAGGCCUACCUGCUGGAGCCCUACCCCUCCCAGCACACCAUCGAGCUGCUGGGCUCUCAGCUCAGCCUCAAGACCAACACCGUCAUUAACUGGUUCCACAACUACAGGUGGGCACAGCAGGGGGAGGGGGGCGUUCCAUUCAUAAGGUCUCGCAUGCGGAGGGAGGUUCUGCUGGAGGGUUACCAAGACAAUGACACAGAUCCAGAGUCCAGCAGCUACGGUAGGGGCUACCCCCACAGCACCCCCACCCCACACAGCCCCGACUCAGACACGGAGGACAUGAAGCCCGUCGUGUUCCUCUCCCGCAGCGAGGGCAGCGGCCUGCACAGGGAGACCCUGGUCAAGGUGAAGCAGGAGGCACCAGAUAACUGUGAGGGAGAGGAUGAAGAGGAAGAGCAGGUUUCCACGGCCGUCAAGUUCCCCUGCCUGCUGAAAAACGAGGAAGAGGCCGGCUACUGCUCCAAGAGCCUCCGGGAGGAUGGGCCGCUGUGCAAAACUCCUUUGGGAACUUCAGGCUACUUGCCCAGGCCAGGCCAGUCCAUUUCCAGGCAGGAGAGUGAGGAGAAGCCGGUGUCAGACCCAGUCAGCUUCAAGGCUGCUUCUGAACCUUCUCGUGGCAGCCUGGAGGUUUCUCUCAACUCUCCCUCUGCAGCCUCCUCGCCCGGCCUCAUGAUGUCAGUCUCCCCCGUCCCGUCGUCCUCCGCUCCCAUUUCACCCUCCCCGUCCAACGCUGCUACGAGCUCAGACAUCCCGCUGCCUGAGAACCCCAAAUCCAGUAAGAACACACAGCGCCGAAACGAGAAGAUGGCAAACCUGAACAACAUCAUCCACCGGCUGGAGAGAGCAGCCAACCGAGAGGAGACCCUGGAGUGGGAGUUUUGAAGAUUUGCUUUUUUUUUUUAAGUUUUGUAAACUUGAACUCUCAAAGAGUUUAUUGGAUCUCGAUGGAAAGCUCUUGAAGAGGAUUUUUUGAUUUCCUUGCCCCUCAACUUCAACUCUUAAAUACUUUCCCUUUUGGAAUACAGUAUCUAAAAGGAUCACUGUUUUAACACUUAAAAGACUACUCAAGAAUACUUUUAGAAGAAAUUAUUUAUAAACGUGUCUUAGGUAUUUUAAUAAACGAUACUACUUUGAGAUAUAUAAUACAGCCCUAGCUGUGGUUUGUUUUUAAAAAAAUAAAAUAAAAUAAAAAUAUCGAAAGCUGCCACAUCAAGACUUUUGCAGCAAAGUGUCAUUAAAUGCGCACUGUAAGUCCUGUAGUUUGCCACUGGAUGAGAUUAAAAAAAAAAGACGAAGAAGGAAAAAUAAUGACUUUUGUCUUAAGCCAUCGAACAAAAAGCACUAUGAUUAUAAAAAAUAAGACUGACCAAAUUUGCUAAUUUUUGAAUAGCAAUUUUUCAGAUUUUGUCUUUAAGACAUCACAAUGACAACGUCAAUUAAUGUUUGAAAUAUAAAAAAAAAAUGAUAUGAAUAAUAAUGAUGAUAAUAAUAUUAAUAGACUGUGUGCUAGUCCUGAAGACUCUAAAUAGACAACAUAUGUAUUUAGUUUUUUGGUGAUAUGUUUUGAAACACAAAAAGUGUCAUGUGGUUGUAUAUGUUGUAGAAAUGUCUGCAAUAGCAUUUUUUUUCCAAAACAAGAUGUAGCAUGGUACCUUAAUAUCCCUGUUAUCCCCAAUAGUUAGUAGCCUGUGAAAAACAAACAGUGAGAAGAAACAGAAAAGCAGGAUCUAAAGAGUAGAACCUUAGUAAAAUUGCUUUCAUUUCCUUUUUGGCAAUAUAUUAAGGUUCUCAUAGCUGUCCUAGCACUGCCCGGUCUGCAGUGACUGGAGCUGAGCACGCAACACACUAAAGCACCUUGAAGUGAAAUGGCAUUGGUUCUAAAACUCUAACGGAACACUCACUUUUCUAUGCACCAUUAUGGUCUAUGUCACCAUCAUCAUCACUUUUCGAUUUGCAAACCAGGGGUUGCAUUUAACAUAAGCCCUAGAGCGGUUAGUUGUCAAUAUGGGUAGAAGCAAAAAUUUGAUCACAGUUUGAUCUCACGCUGUAUCUGUAUCCCAGGCUGCAUCUCCGCUGGGGGCCACAGUGUCGUGCUUCCUUUAAGAACGGGCUACUUAACUACUGAUUUGGUGAAAAGAGAAUAGGGACUCAUUGGUGCAAGAGAUAUGCUGAAGGCAUCAGUCAACACACACGGUGAUCUGGUGAGUUUAGUAGGAUGGAUUUCCCGCAAUGGAAAGUGGCCAUACCUUGUAUAACAAGUUUUUCAGAAUAAAAUACAUGGCUAAUAAUUUGGAAACUAGGAAUAGUUAACGGAAUCCACUAUAACACAACUCUCGAUGCAUUGCUUCUGCAUUUUGAGGCUGUGCUGAGUUUAGAUUUUUAAAGGUGCUUUACUCCUUGAUCAAAUAAUAUACAAGCCACUUUGUAUUCUAAUGACCGACAGUUUAAAGUGCCCACGUUGCUCCACGUAUCUGAAAAAACUACAUUUGAUUAUUAUACAGUACGUAUAUAUGAAAUAAUCAUUUUGAUUUAGUUUUUUUUUUUUUUUUUUUUUAAUGCAUUGGCAACAGUGAAAUGGAUUCUGGAUGCAAACAUCCUCACAGUUCUUGCCAUAUUUUAGUAGUAGUUUUCUCAGGGUAACCUCAACUCAAUAUGAAUAGCUUCUAUAAGAAAGGGACACUGUACAAUAAAAUAGCAUUGUGCUUGAACACACAGUGUAAUGGCGAAGCAGUAAUCGGAUUAGCUUUAGCAAUGGUGUAAGCAGAUCCACAUUCGCCUACAGCAGAAUGACACUCAAUUAGAAAAACCUCUUGCAUUGACUAGUACAUUCCCCCAUAGUGUGUGACUUAGCCUUGCAUUAUCUAAAACCUGAUAUCCAAAACCCUGAAGCAGGGUACACUAGUCAAAACUGUAGUCUACUUGAAGGCUUUACCUUGUGUUUUGAAGCUAUGGAUGAAGCGCUGCUGGUUAACCAAACAAAAUGCGUGCUGCAAGAGGAGUUCAAAUUAUUGGGUGCCUGCUGUGUAUUAAAGUCUGGAUGUGGUGUGUAGAGUAAACGAUCAAACCUGUGAGGUAUCCUUCUGGAGGUGGGGGUUCGGGCAAGUUAUUAACUAUUAGUUAUUAAUCCAAGAGGGGGAUCCUGUACAUUCUUGGAAAUGUGAACACCUGUGGUUAUUUUGGUCUCCUGCUCCUUUCUAACUGGCCUCUUAACAAAUGCAUUGUCCAUUGGUCUUAGUUUACCAUUUGUAUCUGCAUGCAAGUCACUGAAAAGUCCUUUGCUAAGGUGACUGAUGGUGCGUUCAGAAGGAUUUACCCCAGCACUUGUACCCCGUUUGCACUUGACGGCUGCAGCUUGGUGAAUGAAUGCAGGUUUUGACCCUUGGUUUUUGUGACUUGCCGCUGGUGCCUCAAUAAAACACUGUUAGACAAAAGAGCAAUGACCAGCCCUGUUUUGUUACACAAUUCUGAUACACAGAUGUGUACAUUUUGUAUUGUUAUUUGUUUCUAUUAAUUAACUUUACUGUGUAGAAAAACUGAUACAUGGUGUCCUUAGAGGUGACCUAUGUACUUCCCAUGGCUCUCGCUAGAUGGCAGCACCAAAUAUCACACUAGUGGAGGAGUGGGCUUUCUGGUAUUUUAAAACAUUGAAAUCAGUAGAUUAGUGUAUGAAAACAAAGAGAUCCAAAAAUUGCUAUAAUAUAUAAAAUAACAAUAAUUACAUAAUACAGCUAAUCUUAUGUGACACCAUUUCUACCUGAUAUAAGCCACCUGAUACAGAAAAAUCUGUGUGUGUCACAUUUGUCUAAAUUGGUCGAUUUUUUUAAUUUUUUUUUUAAUGCUUUUUAAAAUAGAUUUUAAAUAAUGCUUGUGACUUUCUGUUUCUGUAAUACGGCUGAAGUUAUAAGCAGCAGGGAAAAACAGUCUUGAAUCUGUCAAGUGUAAAAGGGGGUAUUACACAUUUUUAUCUUCUGUUCAGAUAUUAAAUCCUGCUGGGCUAGGUUCCUGAAUUGCACACACACACCUCGCAUUGAAUACAUCGCUGUAUUGUGUUUGUGGUUUUUCUUGACACUGUUACAUAAACUAAGCUGGCCUUUAAAGACUGUAAUUAUUGCUGUCUUCUACUUUGUCAAGCGUAACAGACAUGCUGAGAAUGCAAUGUCGCCUUUACCCAAGGCAUUUUGCUUUUUUUCUAGAAAAUCAAUAAUCCUGCUGUUUUUAAACUGUUAAGACAGUAUUGAAGAAAUGCAUUACCUUGGGUAGCCUUAUCCCGCUUCUACUGCUGUGUCCCAGUGAGCUCCGAACUCAACCCAGUGUAUCAUAGUCAGUGGUGGAACUGGGAAUCAUCUUCAAACGUCCUGGCUCCCAGUCCAAAUCUCUAACAAUAUAGGAGGUGAUUUCAUAAAGAACAAACCACAGGAAAAAGAUAAAGCUGUAAAAAUUGUAAUCGGAAAUAAAAACCCUAAACUACAUUGUAUUUAACUAAACGUUUACGCAGUUUUUUUCAUUAUUUUGUUAUAGUAUCUUGAUGCAGUCUAAACCACUGUAAUUGCAUAAUG